CAGCCCUCCUUCUACUGCUUCCUCAUCGCCCUCUCUCUCUCUCUCUCUCUCUCUCUCUCUCAGUAUGGAAUAGCUGGGCUCGUGUCUCACUCGUCUCUGUGUGUGUGUGUGUGUGUGGACGUUACUCACUGACCGGGACUCAGCUGCUGGAACUGAAACUCUUGUCAGAGGAGACGCACUUCAGAGGAUUCAGGAUUCAGGACGAGCCCCAGGGAAGAGUGUGAAGGUCAGAGGUCAUGGGAAGAUCACCGGGGUUGGAGGUUCCCCUCCUCCUCCUCCUCUUCAUCUCCUUCAUCUCCUCUCUCUCUCCUCCGAUGCCCAGAGUCUUCCUCCCCUUUCAAGAGCUGCAGUCGAGUCACUCCUUUGAGUUCUACACUGUGUCUGAGAAGCAGAUGGACUACAGGAUCCUGUACGUGGACGAGGAUCAGGACCGCAUGUAUGUGGGCUGUAAAGAUCAUCUGCUCUCUAUGGACAUCAACAACAUCACUCAGGGAACACUGAAGAUUCACUGGCCUGCGUCCAACACCAAGAUCGAGGAGUGUCAGAUGGCUGGAAAAGAUCCAACUCACGGGUGUGGAAACUUCCUGCGAGUGAUUCAGCCCUUUAACAGAACUCAUCUGUUUAUCUGCGGCAGCGGAGCCUACAGUCCGGUGUGUGCCUACGUCAACCGCGGCCGACGCCCUGAGGAGAAAGUGUUUCAUGUCUCCUCAAAGUCAGAGUCAGGAAAAGGACGUUGCUCCUUCAACCCACAAGUCAACACUGUCUCCAUCAUGCUCAAUCAGGAGCUCUUCUCUGGUGUGUACAUCGACUUCAUGGGGACGGACGCGGCCAUCUUUAGGAGUCUGACCAACAGGAACGCAGUCAGGACGGACCAGCACAACUCCAAAUGGCUCAGCGAGCCCGUGUUCAUCGACGCUCACCUGAUCCCAGACGGAUCGGAUUCAAACGACGCCAAACUUUAUUUCUUCUUCCGUGAGAGACUAACGGACAACAGCGGCAACACCAGGAACAUCCACACCAUGGUGGCACGAGUCUGUCCAAAUGAUGUAGGUGGUCAGCGCAGUUUAGUGAACAAGUGGACGACAUUUCUGAAGGCCCGCAUGGUGUGUUCUGUUGUGGAGGAGGACGGAACUGAAACACACUUUGAUGAGCUCGAGAGUGUGUUUCUGCUCGAGACUGAAAAUCCCAAAGGCCUGCUUUUAUACGGACUGUUCACUUCCACCAGUUCAGUGUUUAAAGGCUCGGCGGUGUGUGUGUACAACAUGGCCGAUGUGCUGACAGUGUUUAACGGACCGUUCGCUCACAGAGAUGGACCAAAUUUUCAGUGGACGGCAUUUCAAGGACGAAUGCCGUAUCCACGCCCUGGAACUUGUCCUGGAGGUGCUUUCACUCCCCACAUUCGGAGCACUAAAGAGUUUUCAGAUGAUGUGGUGACGUUCAUGAGGAAUCACCCUCUGAUGUUUAACUCUGUGUAUCCUCUGGCUCGGAGACCUCUGCUGCUGCGCACACACGCUGACUACAGAUACACCGCCAUCGCCGUUGACCAGGUGCACGCUGCUGACGGCCUCUACCACGUCCUGUUCCUCGGCACAGACAGAGGCACAGUGCAGAAGGUGGUGGUCUUACCCACUAAUCGCUCUCUGGAUGAGGAUCUGAUACUGGAGGAGCUGGAAGUAUUUAAGAAACCAGCAGCGAUAACCAACCUGAGGAUCUCCUCCAAAAAGCAACAGCUGUAUGUGAGUUCAGAGUACGGCAUAUCCCAGGUGUCCCUGCACCGUUGCCAUGCCUACGGCUCAGCGUGUGCAGACUGCUGUUUGGCCCGAGACCCGUACUGUGCCUGGGAUGGGCGGAGCUGCUCUCCCUUCUACCCUACAGGAAAAAGGAGGAGCAGGAGGCAGGACAUCAUGCACGGAAAUCCACUCACUCAAUGUCGAGGCUUCAAUUUGAAAGCUUACAGGAACGCAGUGGAGAUGUCUCAGUAUGGAGUAAAGUAUAACACCACGUUCCUCGAAUGUUCUCCUAAAUCACCACAAGCCUCCGUGCAGUGGCUCAUCCAGAGAGAAAAUGACCGCAGGAAAGAGGUGAAGAUGAGCGAGCGUGUCGUAGCGACGGAACACGGCCUCCUGAUCCGCUCUGUGCAGACCUCAGAUCAGGGUCUGUAUCACUGCAUAGCCACCGAGAACGGCUUCAAGCGGACCCUCGCCAAGAUCAGGCUCCAUGUGCUGAGCGAAGCGCUACUGAGCGCGCUCAGUGACAAGCGUUCGUCACCAUGGAAACCCAAAGCGCUGGCGUCGGCUUUGGGCCCGUCCGAGACUCUGGCCAUGCAGCAGUACUGCAAAGAACGACAGCAGCUGCAGAGUUUCCGGAUAAAUCCACGAGGAGACCUGGGGAAACUCAAACCGCUGCUGGAGAACCGCAAGAGCCGCAACCGACGGAACCACCGACACGCUGAGUAGAACACGAGCAGGAGGAGGUGCUGGAGCAACGAGGGCGGAGCUUAGGUCGAAUUUAAACAGCCAAUCACAAUCUCACUCUUCUUAACUAUUUCAUAUCUAUAACAAUUCAGAAACAUUAGCUUAAGCACCAUAAACACAACACUAUGCUAAUCGGUAGCCACCUGAUGCUAAUCCGCUAGCUAAAUGUAGCAAAAACAAUACUGGUUUUAAUUGCAGCAUAUUAUAGUUUAGCAAUAUUUGCUAAGCUAGCCAGCUACCUAAGAACCUAGAAGCUGGUUGGCUAAUUUCUGAUGAGGUAACACUGACACUCUUAUUUGCAUAUUCCACCUGAUUGGCUCUAGCUCUGGUACAAUUAUGUACUGUACUUUAUGCUAGCUUAACGCUAAGUCAAAUGUUUGAUUCUGCAAAUAAAUUUGCAAAUAAAGCGAAUUAUAUCCAAGUUAGCUAGCAUUAAACACAAUUAGGGAUGAAUUGCUAGCUAGAUAAUGUUUUAUUCUGCUAUUUGAGACCAAGCUAGCAUGCUAGUUAAAGCUAAGUCAAUAAUCACUAAACAUUCAUUGUGUCAUUAAUACGAUUAGCCAUUUUAUUAGCAAGAGAGCUAACUAUUAUAUUCUAUAAUUAAAACCUUUACAGUCAUUUAGUAAGUUUUAUGCUAGCUGUAAUUAUUAUGAUUAUUCAGAUGGAUAGCUAGUUUUGCUAGCAAUCUACUUCAACUAUAGUGUUCGGUAGCUAGCUUGGGAAGCUAAGUUUGCUAGCCAUGCUAGCUAGUGUGAGGUAACCAUGGACUUAGCGACUGAGCUUAAGCUUCGUCCUCGUGGAGAGCUUCAGGAGGUCAAAGUGGAGGACUGACGGGAAACAUGAUUUCCAAAUAAAGCAGAAAGGAGGAGAGAUGGAGAGACGGGCAGAGGAGAGACGGGUGGAGGAGAGGAAUGCAGAAGAUGAGCAGAAACACUUCCAGGAGAUUUUUAUGGCUUGUGUGUUUUCCAAAAAAAAAAAAAAACACGGAGAACUAGAAACUUCUUCACUGAGACGGAACUGAUGUGUCAGUGCUUCUGUACAGGACAGUUACACAUACAUGAUGUUACACUGACCAGAUGACUGUGACACACACACACACACACUUACUCUCUCUCACUCACACACACACACACACACACUCACAUACUCACACACAGACACACACACACACUCACAUACUCUCACACACACACACACACAGGGCACAGUAACACUCAUUUGCAUACUAGAAUCUGAUUGGUUCAUUUAUUUUGUAACAUGGCAGCACUAUCGUGCACUCUGGAACCUAAUUUUGAUGAUGUAACAGGCUCAUUUGCAUACUACAGUAUGAUUGGCCUAUUUGAAUAUUACAACCUGAUUGGCUCAUUUAUCUGCAUAGUAGCUCCCUGAUUAGCUAAUUUGCAUACUAGUACCUGAUUGGUUCUUAUAUUUUGGAACAUUUUAUCACUUGCAUUUUGAAACCUAAUUGUGGUGAAGUACCCUUCUCAUUUGCAUACUAGCUACCUGAUUGGCCCUUAUAUCAUGUAUCACUGUAACUAGCUCAUUUGCAUACUAGAAGCUGAUUGGCUCUUGGUUUGUGCACAUUAGAAGCUGAUGUACUAGGAAUUUGAGUUAAAUCACACAGAAGCUAAAGGCUAACAGAAGCUUCCUCUGAUUUACUCUCGCAGCAGUGGAUCUGAGCAACGGGGCUAAUGUGUAGUGAAUAAAUAAACCCCCUAACACACACACACACACACUAUCCCAGUCACACAGGAGCUAGCUGUUUAGCGGAGCGGAACGUACCACUCGCUGCUGAUGGGAAUUCCACGCAGAUGAUUUAAGAGUUUAAGGAUCUGAGAUGAAAACGUUCUGGAGACACCAACGUACAUCCAGCUGUGGAACAGAUGUUAGGGGGAAAAAACAGAGAGACUGACGAUGAAAAUAUUAUUUUACUCGAGUUCUGUUUUAUCAGGAGGAGGGGGAGGGGCUGAGGGGUUUCAGCUAAGCGCACACGCUUACCUGUUUUAGCAAAAAAAUUCUAAUGUAUUAAAAUGAAAAAUACUAAAAUAAUUAAAAUGCACUAAAACAAAUAAUCCACUUCUCUGACUUCACAUUGUUCAGAAAUGCUCAGUACGUAGGCAGCGUGCUCCCCCGUGUCACUUAUUUGGAAUUGCCCAUGCUAACAUUACACCGGGUGCUACAGACACCAUAUGAAAAGCACGGAGAUUACGCUAACUUCAACCAGCCAACCAUGAGGCACAUCACCAGCACGGAAAUAGCUUGCUAGCAAACUACAGCUAGAGCCAUGACACUAAUGUUAGCUAGUCUAAACAGCUGGCUAACAUAGCUAAGGUUAGCUAGCCUUCAUUUAUGUCGCUAAGUAAUAUUGUUGUUGAUUGAGUGUGUGAUUGGUAGAUUCAAUGAUUUAAGCUCCGCCCCUGGGGCACACAUGCUGUUAUUCCAAAGUGUGUGUGUGUGUGUGUGGUUCAGUCCACUGAUCUUCUUUAUAAUGGACAGUGUAAGUGAGGUGUACAGAUUUAUUUAAAGUGCUCUUGUUGUUGUUGUUGUUGUUGUUGUUGUAAACAUGUGCAUGAUGUUAAACACUUUGGUUUUGUUUGAACUCAGACGCACUCAGGAGACGGGUUUAAUACGACGGCCAGGCAUUGGAAAAAAUCAAUCAUUUCCAUUUUAAAUUGGAUUUAUGAAUUUCGAUUAGCAUUUUAUCUUAUUUUAUUUUAUUUUAUGAAAAAUUCCAUUCACAUUCUAAAUAAUCUGUUCAACAUCAACCUCUACUGCUGUGGCAUUCUGUCUCUCUUCAUUAUUAUUAUUAUAUUUAGUAUGUUGUAUUUGUUUAUGAUCUGGCAACCAGACAGUAUUAUGUGCAAGGGGUCAAAGGUCAGAUAGAUAGAUAGAUAGAUAGAUAGAUAGAUAGAUAGAUAGAUAGAUAGAUAGAUAGAUAGAUAGAUAGAUAGUAGGACACAGGCAGAUUGUCAGACAGACAGAAAGUUUUAAAAUCGAUGGAUAGAUAGAUAAACAGAGAGAGAGGUGAGACAGAGGAACAGAAAAGAGAUGGAGAUUCAGACAGACAGGUAGGUAGACAUACAGAAAUUUUUUUGGAUAAAGACAGACAGAUUCAGAUAGACAGAAAUAAACUGACAGAAAGAGAAAUGGAUGUACAGACAGAUUACAAGAUAGACAGACAGAUAGAGAGAUGGACAAAGACAGAUUCGCAGACAGACAGACAGAUUCACAGACAGACAGACUCACAGAGAGACAGAUUCACAGACAGACAGACUCACAGACAGACAGACUCACAGAGAGACAGAUUCACAGACAGACAGAUUCACAGACAGACAGACUCACAGAGAGACAGAUUCACAGACAGACAGAUUCACAGACAGACAGACUCACAGAGAGACAGAUUCACAGAAAGACAGACAGACUCACAGACUCAGACAAACAAGCAGACCUGCAGGCAGACUUAGAGACAGACAGACAGUUCCACAGACAGACAGACAUGCAGACAGACUCAAAGGCAGACAGACAGAUUCACAGACAGACAGAUUUACAGAUAGACAGACAUGCAAUCAGACUCAAAGACAGGCAGACAGACAGAUUCCCAGACAGACAGCUAGACUGUAAUACUGUAGUAUAUAGAUUAGUGUACAGAUGAAGAUGUUGGUCACAUGACCAGUAGUGUUUAGGUUUUUAGAUGAAAUCAGCAGGUCAUGUGACUCACAGUGGAGUGUGUGUGUAGAGUGUGUAGUAUGUAGUGUGUGUGUGUGGUGUGUGUGUGUAUAGUGUGUGUAGUAUGUGUGUGUGUGUGUGUGUGUAGUGUGUGUAGUAUGUGUGUGUGUGUGUGUAGAGUGUGUAAUAUGUAGUGUGUGUGUGUGGUGUGUGUGUGUAUAGUGUGUGUAGUAUGUGUGUGUGUGUGUGUGUGUAGUGUGUGUAGUAUGUGUGUGUGUGUGUGUGUAGUGUGUGUAGUAUGUGUGUGUGUGUGGUGUGUGUAGUAUGUGUGUGGUGUGUGUGUAGUAUGUGUGUGUGUGUAGUGUGUGCGUAGUGUGUGUGGUGUGUGUGUGUAUAGUGUGUGUAGUAUGUGUGUGUGUGGUGUGUGUGUAGUAUGUGUGUUGUGUGUGUAGUACAGUGUUUACUCUGUAAUUAAAACCUCAUAUGAGUAAAGUGAACUGAACGAGUUCAGCUGUCUCCUGAGCGGCUCACAGGUCUGAGUCAUUCACAGCCUUCUCUCUCUCUCUCCCUCUCCCUCUCUCUUUCUCUCCCUCUCUCUCUCUCUCUCCCCCUCUCCCUCUCUCUCUGACACAAUCUGCGAUUUAGCGGAGGAUUCACUCUUUCCCCUGAAUAAACUCGUCAUCCUCCUCGUGCUCCUUUAAUAUUUCUGUAGAUGGAAAGUGCUUCAUCUUUUCUUUUUCUCCCUCCAUGUUGUGAAUGUUGUGUAUUUGUAUUUAUUGAUGUUAUCAGCUCGAGUAUUUGCAUUAAACAGUCAGUAAAAGGA